AUUUGGGGUUAAUAUGAUGUUUGUUACCAAAGAUGAUGAUCGGGUCUAUGGAUUGGGUGCUAAUGUCAACGGAUCACUGGGUUUGGGACACAACCAGUGGUUGUGGUAAAGAUAGAAAUGGACAGUUAGGUCAGGGAAGUGAUAGCAAUAAAUAUAAGAAACCAAUGAUUAUACAAAUCAAUGACAACAAUGAUUUGAUAAGUGAUGUGAGUUGUGGUUCAUAUCACACAUUAGUUUUAACGCAUAAGAAUGAAGUGUAUGGUUGGGGUUGUAAUGAUUUCGGACAAAUCGGUAGCCGAGACACCACUUGUGAAUCAAUUACUAAACCGGAAAAAAUAAAAUUUAAUGAAAAUUAUUGUAUAAAAUCUGUUCACUGUUUUGAUAACUCAUCGUUUGCAUUGACAAGUGAUGGACAAGUGUUUAGUUGGGGUCGAAAUCGUUGCAAUCAAUUGGGACUUAAUUGCAAUAAUCUAAUGAUAUGUAGACCACAAUUGAUAUGCAAUCUAUCGGGUAUAACAUCCAUACAAUCGGGUGCAGGAAAAACAUAUUUCAGUAGUGAUUAUAAAAAUAAAGUGUAUAUUUGUGGUGAUUAUUACAAUGAAAAUAAUGUGAUUGAUAUACAAAUGACACCAAAAUUAUUGGGUAAUUGUAAUGAAUUUAGUGAUAUUCAGUCAAUUAAAUCCUAUAAAUGGAAUGAAAGAACAUUUAUGUGUUCAAUGGAUGAUAUGUAUAAUUGA